AUGGAGCAUUUGGGAGAUGUCGGAUAUACGCCAGUGAAAGCACUUGCCGAAAUUUAUGAUCAGAUGUUGCACUACCGCCACAAGGAAUACACAAUUUCAUGCUCACAAUUCAUCACAACACUCGGCAAGCAAUACUUCCAGCAGCAAGAUGCCGAUGACACAUUUCAAAAGAUUGUGCAUGAUGUUACGGAAUCAGCAAACAAACCAGAUAUUGCCGUUACAUUCCAAUAUCAAACUGAGACUCCUGAUGAAAGCUUCUAUUCGGUUUCGCUUCACAUUCCUCUUGUUGCAGCAGGUAUUGAUCAAGGAAUUAAACAAAUGUGCACAGAUGAUUCUCAUAUCAAUGAAAUCUCAACAUUCCUCUGGGUCGACGUUCAGAGGAAUUGGUCUGAUCCAAAUGUCUUCUUUGACAAAUUUGAGAUCAAGAAGAACUACAAAACUCAACACAGUGAUGGAACGUAUGUAUUUAAGAUACAUUCCAUUAUUGCUUAUCAUCAAGGUCAUUUCGUUGCCUUCGUCAACAAAGGAAGAGUUUGGUUCAUGCUCGACGAUGAAAUUACUUAA